AUGUCGCCGCUUGGGAAACCCCAGCUCGUGCAAGUCAGCCUGUUCCAGUCAGAGGCGGACGUUACGUCAUGUUGUUAUUCUCUUCCAGGAAGCGAGCAGGGAAUGUACUGAAGAAAGUGCGUCAAUAACUUCAGUUAAGGAUUCCAGUCUUAUUUUGAACAUGCAAGAAGGUGUGUGAGGGAUGUCUGCAGCACCUGAAGCGGUUACCAUGGAGACCUCUAACUUUGCCCACGUGGUGUUUCAGCACGUAGCGCAGAGCUACGCGCCACACACACCCCUCGAGUGCCGAUACACACUCACACACUUCAUCACACCUCACCCGAAAGACUGGGUCGGCAUCUUUAAGGUGGGGUGGAGUACAGCUCGUGACUACUACACCUUUCUCUGGUCUCCCAUGCCGGACGGACACACCGAGGGAACCUCUAUCAACAGAAUUGUAGUAUUCCAAGGCUACUACGUGCCCAGUGACGAUGGCGAGUUCUACCAGUUCUGCUACGUGUCUCACCGCGGGGAGAUCCGGGGGGCUAGCACCCCCUUCCUCUUCCGAGCCAACUCCCCCCCCCACGACGAGAUCCUCGCCAUCGAGGACGACACACACUCAGACAUACUGGUGGUCACCACUAAAGCCAGCAUACUGGAGGAGAAGUUGUCCUCCAUGGAGCGCGAGUUGGAGGGGGUGAAGGAGGAGAAGCAGCAUCUGGAGGUCGCCGUGGAAACGCUGACGCAGGAGAGGGACGCGCUGACACACACACUCGCGCAGGAGAGAGACACGCACACACACACCCUGGAGGAGGAGAGAGAAGCACACACACACACACUCCAGCAGGAGCAGCAGGCCUGCACACAACUCAGGACCCAACUACAGGAGGCCACUGAGGAGAGAGAGGAGGUUCGUCGCCGCCAGGAGGAUUUGAGCUCUCGACUCCUGCAGCUGGAAGAGGACCUGAUUGGAACCACCCAGCGGGCUCUACAGAAGGAGACCCAGAUAGACAGUCUUAAGGACCGCAUUAAGAAGCUUUCUCAGGAGAAGGAGAAUCUGGAAUCUCAACUGAAGAACGAGAGAGAUGAGAAGGAACUAUACAAGGUUCACCUGAAGAGCCGUGAGUUGGAGAACACUAAAUUGGGGGCGGAGCUACAGAUGGUCAAAGGAGUCGAAGUGACGAGAGAGAACACCAUCGCACAGCUUACGGGGGAGGUGUGUGUGUUGCGUGAGCAGCUGCGUCAGAAGGGGGAGGAGCUGGAGGCGUGUCGUCAGGGGGCGGCCAUGUUGAGGGCGGAGCUUCGUGACGCGGCGAGCGUUCGGGACCGCAGCAUGGCCCAGCUCUACGCGGCGCGACUGGAGAACGACACACUCCGCCAGAACACACACACCAACACACAGGACACCACACAGGACACACACACACCCACACACACUCACACACACACCAACACCACCCAGCAGGAGGAAGACGCCAAGACCCUCGGACAGCAAGAGGCGGAGGAGCUCCAGAGAGAGGUGGAGGACCUGCGUGUGCGUCUGCAGAUGGCAGCUGAACAUUAUAAGGACAAAUAUAAAGAAUGCCAGAAGCUACACAAGCAGGUCGCCAAACUGACUGGGGAGGCGAAGGGCAGUCCUGAGGCUGGAGCAACCCCACUGACCAGCAGCCCCGAGCCCUCAGUACCAGGAAGUGGCGUGGCGGGGACAGGAAGUGAUGCGACUCUGGAGAACCUCCUGAACAGCAAACUGAAGAACGACAAGAGCGACAAAUACAAGAAGAUACGACAGAUGCUGAGUGAGGAAAAGGAACGUAGUGGUGUGUAUGUGUGUGAGCUGUCUAAACUGGAGCAGCGUUUUCGAGAGCAGCUGAAGACCAACGAGACGCUCCGACUGCAGAUGGCAGCCGAGGAGGACCGAUACAGGAGUCAGGUUGCGGAGAAGGGGCGCGAGCUGAAGGAACUGAAGGACAAAUUAGCAGCACUGCAGAAGGGGAAGGAUCUCCAGCGUGGUGUGAGUGGUGAGCAGGAAGGGGAGGAGCCUGGGCAGGAAGAGGCGGGACUUGUGUUUCAGGAGGGGGAGGAGUUACAGCUGCAGUACCCUCUGCCCUAUCAGGAGCCAGCAUCCCUCAUGACAUCACACCUGGAGUACGGAAACCCCUACACACCAGAUGGGGAUGGUGACGACCUGUCAGAUGAGCUGUUGCCACGGUUACCUCCGAUGGGCCCGCCCUCCUGGGACAGCAACGUGGGCGUGGCCUCACCAGGGGGCGUGGCCUCGUGGGAGCCUGAUGUGGUGAUCAGCCAACCAGCUCGCAACGCCAGCCGACCAGAUGGACUGGAGGAGGAGGAGCCUAACACUCAGCCGAUCGCUUCCGAAGACCCGGCCCCCCCUCAGCCGCCCCCAGCCCAGAUCACCGACACACACACUCCCUUCUGCUUCGAGGCCAGUGAGCAGAAGAGGUGUCCACUGUGUGAGGUGAUUUUCCCGCCGCAAUACGAGCAGCGACGCUUUGAGGAGCACGUGGAGAGCCACUGGAAGGUGUGUCCUAUGUGUGCCCAGCAGUUUCCCCUGCAUGUGGACCAGCAGAUCUUCGAGAAGCACGUUCUCACACACUUCGACGGGAACGUGCUCAACUUCGAAUAAACACACACACACACACACACACACACACACACACACACACACACACACACACACACACACACACACACACACACAUACACACACACCAGGGAGUGUGUAUGAGAGAGAAGGAUGUGUUGUUUAGGGUGUUUUAUGGCGACUUUGACUAGACACACACACACACACAAACUUUUGAGUGUAUGAGAGAGAAGCAAGUAUGUGAGCGUGUGACUGUGUGUGUGUGUGUGCGUGUGUGCGUGUGUGUGUGUGUGUGCGUGCGUGUGUGUGUGUGUGUUGGGGAGGGCUGUCCGCUGAUGUCAGUCAUAUUAUUAUUGUUAUUAUUCGAUUGUGUUUUUAUUUUUGAUUAUUAGAAUGAUUAUCUUGUUAUGGUUCCACUCAUUAUUAAUCUUUUUAGUAACACUUUACUUAGCGCCAGUGCCACACGCAUGACAUAACGGUGUCAAAACGCUGUCAUGACACGGUCAGGGACGAGUGAUGCUAAUGUCAUUAGUGUGAACAUGAUGCUAAAGUCAUUAGUGUUUUAUAAAAUGUUCAUGACGUUGACAUAAUGUUUAUGAAAUGUGUACUACUGCGUUACGAUACUGUUCUGACACUGUUAAGACACGUGUGUUGCACGUAUGACGCCGGCGUCCAGUAAAGUGUUAGCUCUUAUUUUUAUGAUUAUGAGUGAUGUCAUUAUGUCAUUGAGGAAAAUCUGCAUAUUAUUUACAGUAGUGUGGAAAGAGGGGGCUCGUUAGCGUUCGUUAGUGUGAUUGGGGCUCGUUAGCGUUCGUUAGUGUGAUUAAGGGUCAUAUACAUAUUCGUUAGUGUGAUUGGGGCUCGUUAACAUUCGUUGGUGUGCUAAUUGGGGCUCGUUAACAUUCAUUAGCGUGACGAUGUUGGAGGGUCUUUCGUGUUAUUCAGCUCAUCAAUAUUAAUAAUUAGCCCGCCUCCUCAUUGAGAGAUGCUAUGUGAUUGGCUAGUGGGGAAUCGCUUGCUUUGUCCUCCUUCCCCCCAUUGGUGGAUCAGAGAGCCCCCUGCUGAUCCAUCAUCCAAU